AAACGCACCCUGGGAACCGUUCAGCACCAUCUCUUCCCUGAUUGUGCCAACCCACUAGCGUGGAGGAGCCUGGCAGUGCGCUGGGCUCCGCGCGGGGAGCCCACCAGGAUGUAGGGUAACCAAGAUCCACAUGAGAAAGUGACUUUCACCUGAGCUUCCCGAGACACGCUGGACAGGGCAGAGCUAAAGGACCUACAACUUGAAUUUUUGGACCUGCCCCCAAGACCCUGGGGAAGGUGAGCACCGCCGCUGAGAAUUCUCUGUACUCAGAGGUCCUAGGUAACAAGACAAGUGGCCACCGGUGAGCCCCUGAGGAAGUGGAGGAAGUCCAAGGAAGCCUGCAGUUUUGACAAGAGGAACUCUGUGGUCUCCGAAAGUCGGCGACAGGGUUCUUUGACUCUGACUCAUUCCCUUGCUCUUUCUCACUCUGAAAAAUGACUGGACACUCCUGAAGGCUUCAGUCACCUUCCAGGGGAUUUUUUUUCACCACAAAGGGUAAUUCCUGUUUCAUCCCUGCUGUGACUCAGCUGUGACGUUGAACCGAACGAGCCAGACAGAAGAUAAAGUCACCAGAGACUCCUGCCCACCAGAGAGGGUGGCCCAGGCCAGAACCCACCUCCUCUCUCCCCUCACGCUCCACAGGGCCGGUCCUCUGGCCAGCCUUGGAUCCUGGGAUGGCCUCCAGCUCAGCCAACAGCCCCCACCCGGCCCCCGAUGAGAACGAGUUCCCCUUUGGGUGCCCCCCAACCGCCUGCCAGGACCCGCCAGAGCCCAGGGCCCUCUGCUGCACAGCCUGUCGCCUCGAGAACCUAAGGAACAGCGAAGAUCGGAUCUGUCCCAAAUGCAGAGGGGAGAGCCUCCAAUCUGAAAGCCCCGGAAGUCUUCUGACCCCGGAGAAGGUUCAUCCCGAGGUGGCCAAGGCUGGAGUUGGGUGCCCCUUUGCAGGUGUUGGCUGCUCCUUCAAGGGCAGCCCGCCAUCCCUACAGGAGCAUGAGGCCACCUCCCAGGCCACCCACCUGAACCUGCUGCUGGGGUUCAUGAAACAGUGGAAAGCCCAGCUGAGCUCAGGCCCAGGUUCGGGGCCCACAGCCCUGGAGCAGAACCUGUCAGACCUGCAGCUGCAGGCAGCCGUGGAGGUGGCAGGGGACCUGGAGGUGGAUUGCUACCGAGCCCCUUGCUCUGAGAGCCAGGAGGAGCUGGCCCUGCAGCACUUCAUGAAGGAGAAGCUGCUGGCCGAGCUGGAGGAGAAGCUGCGUGUGUUUGAGAACAUUGUCGCUGUCCUCAACAAGGAGGUGGAGGCCUCCCACCUGGCCUUGGCUGCCUCCAUCCACCAGAGCCAGGUGGACCGUGAGCGCAUCCUGAGCUUGGAGCAGAGGGUGAUGGAGUUGCAGCAGACCCUGGCCCAGAAAGACCAGGCGCUGGGAAAGCUGGAGCAGAGCCUGCGCCUGAUGGAGGAGGCCUCCUUUGAUGGCACCUUUGUGUGGAAGAUUACCAAUGUCACCAGGAGGUGCCACGAGUCUGCUUGUGGCAGGACCAUCAGCCUCUUCUCCCCAGCUUUCUACACGGCCAAGUAUGGCUACAAGUUGUGCCUGCGGCUCUACCUGAAUGGGGAUGGCACGGGCAAGAGGACCCACCUGUCACUUUUCAUUGUGAUCAUGAGAGGGGAGUAUGAUGCUCUGCUGCCAUGGCCUUUCCGGAACAAGGUCACCUUCAUGCUGCUCGACCAGAACAAUCGUGAGCAUGCCAUCGAUGCCUUCCGGCCCGACCUCAGCUCAGCAUCCUUCCAGCGGCCCCAGAGUGAAACCAACGUGGCCAGCGGCUGCCCACUCUUCUUCCCCCUCAGCAAGCUGCAGUCGCCCAAGCAUGCCUACGUGAAGGACGACACCAUGUUCCUCAAAUGCAUCGUGGAGACCAGCACUUAGGGCAGCAGGGGGCCUCCUGAGGGAGCCCCAACCCAGCUUGGCAGGGUGACUGAUACCCUCCCCUGGUGCCCACCAUCCCAGGAGCAGGACAGACAGCUUGGCUGUGGGUGCUGGCAGGAUGGUAGGACCUUGGGCUAGGACAAAAGGGCAGAGGGUUCAGGAGGGGGCAGGGAGAAUUGCUCCCCUCAGCACAGACCACACAACAUGGGACACCAGUGAGCCACUCAGCCCUAAAGCUUGGGGCAAAAAGGCUGAGCCAGGCAGGGGUGGUGCAUGCCUGUAAUCCCAGCACUCUGGAAGGCUGAGUCAAGAGGGUUGCAAUUUCUGGCCCAGCCUGGCUACUUAGUGACUUAGUGAGAUCCUGUCUCAAAAUGAAAAUAAGAAAUAAAAAAGGAGGUUGGGGAUGUACCUCAAAAGCUCCAGAUUCAAUCCCCAAGUGCUACAAAAAAAAAAAAAAGAGAGAGAGACUGGACUGGGCCUGAGAUAUAGAUAGUGAGCCAGAGCUUUGGGCCUGAGCAGAGAAGCUCUCAGGGCAGGAGAGUCUCUGCAGGACCCCCACAGAGACCUGCCAAGAAACGUGCUGGCUCCUCCCUGCUGGGCUCAGAGCCAGAACUGGGGAUGGAAGCGGGAGGUGCCAACAUGAAUUCAGCCCAUCCAGGCCUGUCACUGUCACUGGAUGUGAACAUGCGAGUCUAGAGGAUUGCAGUGGGGAAGGGCAUCGAGUUGGGUGCUGGAUUUGAAGACCUUCAAUAUCAAGAAAGCCAAGAACAUCUCUCAUUCCGGGCCUCCUGGCCCAAGUGAGGCCUGGGGCCAUUCAGGAGCUCAUGCCCCUACCCCUCUCCCUCACCCACCCCGCCUGCCUCCUACAUAGCAGUCUGUGACCCUCCAGGGACGUGCCACACGAGCGCCUGAGGACAGCCCUGUCAUAGGUGUGAUUUGUCCCUUGUGUCUUCAUGUGUACCACACUGCAAACCUUGCUCCCAUCCUGACAGCUUGUGGUGACAGGCACUGACUUGCUUCCCCUUGACGAGUGAACGUCUGGCCCAUCAAGCCCAGUGGCUUAUGCUUCUGAGCUGGUGUCCUAGCAUGUGACACCUUCCUGCAGCCUUGCUGAGUGCCAGGCUGGAGCGGGGGUGCGGGACAAGCCACUGUUCUGCUCAGGACAGCUGUCACCCCGAGCCUUUCGUUGCUCAUUUCUGAUGGGAAGAGACGUGUUGACACCUGCACAUGUCAUAAACUAUGCGUGUCACUGGGGGUGACAGCAAGAUGUGCACCCUGCUCUUUUCAUUCAGUGGGGGAAACAUGCAUGGUAGCAGAUUAUUAUGAAGAAGAAGAAAACUCUUCAACCAGGGAGGCUUAGUGGAAGAGGCAUCGUGUAAACCCAGCCUGAAAUAUUGUGAAGUGCAGAGGAUGGGGGCAUGGGCGAGAGAGUGGCCUCAGAGAUGGGGGCAUCCAGGCGGCAGGCAGGAUCUGGUCGCCAAAGGGUAGAGAGAAAGGCAGAAAUGAGGGCUGGGCCCAGGGCACGGAAUGCAUCCGAAGCUGGCUUCUCAUCUCUCACAGGUGACUCAAGGGUAUGGGAAGCAAGUCACGGGCAAAGGCACUGAUGCCAUGGACCCUCACAACCCCUCAGUGAGGCAGGCACUCAGAAUCCCCUCGUACAGAUUAGGAAACUAAGGCCAGACACCUCCUCACCCAAGACAGGAAGAGUUAGCGCUAGAAGCCAGGUUUUUUGCUUCCAGUUUCCUUCUUUCCUCUCCUAGCUUCCUUGGGGGGAAGUCCUCAGUCAAAAUGAGGUCACAUCUUCGCAGGAGGCCUUGGGGGGACGGGGGGGAAGCGUCCUUCUUCCUCAGUCAAAAUGAGGUCACAUCUUCACAGGAGGCCUUGCGGGGAAGUGUCCUUCUGCCUCCAGCCAGAGGCCAGCCCUGAGGGACCUCCUGGUGCUACCAAGGCCACAUCCCAGGAGGGCAGAACCAGCAGUGAGCCCACUCUGGACUGCUCAGAGCCCAGGUCAUUGUGUCUACAGGCACAGGUGACCCUCAGGUGAUCUAUGCCUUUAAUUGCUAAUUUCUGAUUGUAGGAGACACUUGUUAAAAGUAAUAUUAAAAGAAAGAAAAACAAAGUCAGCCAUGAGUCCAGAGUCCAGAGAGUACUACUGGGAAUGGUUUAGUAGGUUUUCUUCCAUCUUUUUGAAAUGGUAGAUACAAACACAUGCAGACUUUUAAGGAAAUGUAACUAGAAUCACACCAAUUAUACUUUUAUGCUUUCCUCUUUAUCCUGAACAUCCCACUGUUGCCUCUUCUACCAUUAACCCCCUUGUUACAGGCAAAGAUAAAGUAACCAAGGAGAGUAAAGUUGCUCAAGGCCACUCCAAAUAAGUAGUGGAAUCAGGAUUCAUACUCAGGUCUUUAGACUGCAAAGCCAGGGCUGAAAUUAUCAUGACUGUUUUCAGAUGGAGAAACUGAGGCACCAGUGGGAAGUGAUGUGCCUGAGAGCACAGGACCAGUUCCUGAGCUACAGAGUCAGACCUCAGGUCUUCUGGACUCUUCUCUUUCGGAUUGGUGCUGAGGAGAGGACUUGCCUCGAGGGUGCGGAGGAGUCAAGGGACCCAGAAGCUGUCAAGUGAGAGCUCCUCAUGGUAUGCACUUGUUCAGAGGGAUAGAACAAACAGGAUCCACUUCCCUCUGCUGAGCUGGGGCUUUGAUUUCUCCUUCCAUCAUCCAGAUGAAGGCCCAGGGAUAUAGCUCAGUGAUGCAGAGUCUGCCUGGCAAGCACAAGGUCCUGAGUUCGAUUCCCAGUACCCUCUGAAAAAAAAAUCCAGGUGACAGUCACAGUAUAAUUGUGAGGAUAUGAGGGUCACAGCAGCCACUUGCUUCAUGCACUGGGAGUCCCCAUCUAAUAAUGAUAGGAUGAGAAACACCCAUGAGUGUUUUUAGCUAAGUGCCAGGCACUGCCCUGAGGGCUCGCUCUGUGUCAGUCCUUACAACCUCCAUCAAAAUCCCACCGGAGAGGCGACACUGUUUCUGUCUCUGUUAGAGAGGUUUUCUUAUCGCUGUGUUUUCAAGAGGUAAAAAUCACUCAUCCAAACUCACACAAAGGACAAAAUCCAGGACUGGAAACCAGAUCAGGCUAUGCCAGGUUCAAACCUAAGUUCAGUGAUUUAAUCAAUGGCCAGAAGCAGGCUAUUGUUAUGACAAAAGCACAGAAACAUAGCUAUCAGCUAUAAGAUCCAGUUUGAACUCUCUACAGAUUAAAAAUUAAUUUUUUAAAUAGCCAUAACAAAAUGACAAUACCUAUCAUUUAUGGGUAUCAUUUCUAAGAAUCAUUUAACAUACUUGCUUUGCAGGUAUCACAAUAGGGCUGAGAGGAAGAUAUUAUUUCCUCACUUGAUAGAUGAAGAAACAAGCUCAGAGAAGUCAGGCAGUUUUCUCAAAAUCACACAGCCGAUACUCAUGUCUCUGCCUCCACAACGAGAAGGCUUUCCCAUUGUGGUGUCAUCUGCAGUGAUUUAGGGGACCAGGAGGGAGUUGAAUGACCUGUGUGAUGUGCAUUCUGGACAGGCUACUGGCCUUCUCUGGAAUUCCUCCAUCCAGAAGAAGGGAGGUGGCUCUGAUCUAGAGUGCUUUGCUUUGGGGGUUUGCAUGGGUGGGAUUCACAGCAGCUGUGGGUUGGAUGAAGUCAGAGAACCCACUGCUGUGCCAGUGACCCUCUACCAGGACCUGGGUUUCACGUGCCACCUUAGCAUCGAAGUGGUCGUGUUUAACAAAGCACAUUCAUGUGGCCCAGACAGGCUGGGGACCCCUUCAUGGGGAGCUGGGUAUGCACUCAUCUGGGCCAGUGUGUUCUUCUUUAUUGGGUCCUUUCCUCAACUCCCACCUGUCUCAAAGCAUUUUUCUCCAUGGCUAAUCAGGGGGGAGGGAUACAUUGCUAAUGGCAUCAUACCUGUCACAGUUGACCAUAGUAAAAGCAGGGAGGUCAAGACGUAGAAAGAAUGUAUUAGUCAGCUUUCCCAUCACUGGAACCAAAUGCUUGACACACACCAUUUAAAGGAUGAAAUGGUUCAAUUUGGCUCAUGGUUUUGGGGGCUUCAGUCCAUGGUUGGCUGGCUCUGAAGCAGAAGGGCACAGCAGAGCCAAGAUGUUUAGAUCACAGUGGCCUAGAAGCAGAGCAGGAGAACAGCAACCAAGAAGAGGAAAGGACUAAGGAAUGUCAGACAUAGACCCCGAGGCCACACUUCUAUGACUCACCCAGACACCCAAAAGUGUGCUCCACUAAUCCCUGGAUGGAUCCCAAGCUCAAUCAAGUUGACACCCCACCCUAACCACCACAGGGAGUAAACACUGGACAAAGCCACCCAGUGGUUGAUGGCUUGGCCUCUUCUCUGAUGGUGAGAUCAGUGAACCAUCAUCCUACUGAAUCCUUCACCCCCACUCUCCCACUGCCCCACUGUCUAACCCCUCCUGCUCACUAUACAGCUGGUACACACGGAGGCCAGGACUGCCCAGCGCAGCUUAGUGAGCACAUGGGGUGGUCGACAGAAGCCCCUCAGGCUGCUUACUCUUCCACACCACAAGGAGCCCCUGCCUGGUCCCAGCCCCAGCCAAAAGCAGCCCCACAGGAGGAGCAGGACUAGGUGAGAGCCAACAAUGCAGGGGGCACCUGCCAGCGGCUGCUCCCAGGGCUUGCUUCUAGAAGGGGAAAAGGGGUAAGGACCAAAAGACAGGAAAGGCUUCGAGGGCCAUAGCAGUCCCCAUGAGGUCCCCUAGACGUCCAGAGCACUAUAGGUCAGGGAAGCAGAGGGGCAGCCAGCCCUCACCCUCGAUCAGCCUCGGCCCAGAGCCAAUUUGUAACACUUGUGCCCAGAUGGCUUCGUGACUCUUCCACACAGCCCUCCAGCUAUUCCAAGAGCCCUUCAUACCUGAGAGGUCCUCUGAUCUCCACACUGGCCCUGUUUGUAUUUUUACAGAAGAGGAAACUGAGGCUCAGAGAGAGGACAGACAAUGUGGCACAGUGGGGAACAGUGCUACACCAGGGUUCCUUUUCUGGCUCAACCAGCAGCUCACUAGGAGCUUCCAGUGAGCCUCUCCCUUAGGUCUGGGCCCUGGUUUCCCCAACUGUAAAAGGAAGCAGCCGAACUCUACAGUCUCUGGUGUCCCUCUUGGCACUCCUCCUACCUCAGGGGAUCAACAACCCCUAACCUGCCAGUAGAUCCCCCCUGUACAGAUAAAUAAGCACUUAUGCAACUGGUGGCACACUGCCCCUGCAAGGCAGGCACAAUCAGCCAGGGAAAGGAAGUAGCUUUGCCCACCUUCCCACAGUUAAUUCACCGCUAAGCUGGGACAAGAUUCUCCCUCUUUGUUCCCUGGAACUGCUCUGUCCAGGGUGGUAGUCACAGAUCCACAGGGGGAUUAAGCACGUGAGGUAGGCAGAUGAUGGCUCUCCACAGAUGGCCACAUCCUAACCCUAAGACAUGGGAGUGUGUGACUUUACAUAGCAAAGGGGACUUGGCAGACACGAUCCAGCGAAACAUCUUAUGGUGAGUGAGUAGUGUCCUGGGUUACACAGGUGGAACCCAUGUGCUCACAAGGGUCGUUAUAGGGAGAGUCAGGAGGGCCCAGGGCGGUGACAACAGAGGCAGACAGAGGUGGAGACAGAGACAGAGAAGAUGUGAUGGUAGAAAGUUACGGUGAUACACUUGGAAGAUGGAGGAAGGGUUAUAAGACACAGAAAGCAGGCUGGAAAGGACAAGGCCCAGAUUCCCCAGCCAGACCUUCCAGAGGGAAUACAGCCCUGCAGACACCUUGACUUUGUCUCCUGAGUCUCAUCCAGACAUCUGACCUCCAGCACUCUAAGACAAUAAACUGUUGCUGUUUUGAGCUGCUGUAUUUGUGGUAAUGUGUUACAGCCAGCCACAGGAAUCUAACACAGCACUUGAAAUGUGGCCAAAUUAAGAUAUGCUGUGAAUCUGAAAAACAUACCAGAUUUGGAAGGUUUCAUAUAAAAGAGAAUUUGUUUGUAUUUUGAUAUGGGUGACAUGCUAGCAUGAUAAAAUUUUGAUAAAGUACAUUACUAAAAUUAAUUUCACUGUUUUUUUAACAUGGCUCCUAGAAAAUUUAGAAUCACAUCUGUAAUUCUCAUUAUAUUACCAUUGGACAGCACUAGCCAGCUUCUUCUCUGCCUGGCCACAGGGAACAGUGGUCAUAGCCAGCUCUGUUGGAGUCUGGGAUGGGGGCCUUGUGCUGGGUAAAGGAGUCACCCACCCCCCUGCGCGCGCGCGCGCGCGCACACACACACACACACACACACACACACACACACACACAGCUGCAGGUAGGGAGUCCCGGUGGUGGGUGAGUGCCCCCAUCCCCUCUUCCUCCUCUCCCAUCUGCCUCUGGGCCUGCCUAUGUCCCUGCAAGAUGUGCUGGUUAUUUUUAGAACUCUCCACCUCACCACAGCUGGCUCCAAAGCUUGCUGGGUGCGAGCCAACCUCGGGACAGCCAUCUCCUGCCAAGUGGGGGGAGGUCUCAGGAGAACCCAGUUGUGUGGCUCUGAGGCCUUUCAGGGCCUGUGUGCAAGCUCCCAACAUCCCUGGCAAGUAAAGGAUCAUAAUCUGCUUGUUUUCUGAUAGUAGAACCAAGGCAAAGAAGUCUCCACAAGCUACAAGGUGGCCCCACUGGACCCUGGAACUUGGAAGCAAGUCAUCUAGCCUGGGCCUUCCUUCCUCUCAAAGGUCUGACACCUCCCAGGGCUGGUACUGUGGACCCUGCCCACUUCAUUUCCAGAGCUUGCUAGGUCUUGUUCAGGCUUUCUCUGGGGGCUUUAUAUAUGUUUGAAAGGAGGGUAUUUUGUUGUUUUUGUUGUUUGUUUGUCUGUUUGGUUUUUUGUAGGGCAGGAGAUAGAACCCAGUCUCACUAAGCCUGAGCUCUACCACUGAUCUAUAUUCCCAGCCCUAGGAAAGUCUUCUAAGCAAGACAAGAGCAAACUGCAGAUUUGGAGGGAGGCAGGCAAGUAGAUGAAGCUUAGCUUCAGCGUAUGCAACUCAGCAUCUCCAAAUGAAGUGGGUCAAAAUAAUUCAAAAGAUCCAUAAAAAUGACAUAAAAACCACAAUUGCCUUGUGGUUCAAACCCCAAGCUCCAGCCUCAGGAGAACCUGGGUUCUGAUCCCUGCCUCUUCUUUCAGAACUCCCUGACUUGGCCCUCUCUAAGCCUCUCUCUCCUCCACCACCCAAGUAGCUUCAGAGUGGUCAGAGGUCUAAAUGAGGUCAUAGACAUUCUGUACAUACUAGCACAGUGCCAGGUAGUGGUGAUCUUUGGCAAAUACUAGCUAUUGUGGGCCAGGGGUGUAGCUCAGUGGUAAAGUGUUUGUCUAGCAUACCAAAGGCCCUCAGUUCUAUCCCCAGCACCACGAAAAAACAAACAAAAAAACCAAUCUUCGUGGUAGUGCACUUGCCUCCAAUGCUCAAGGCCCUGGCCCCAAACCCCAGGAACAACACAAAAAAAAAAAAAAAAAAAAAA